AUGGGCGGCCUCGGUUCCAUACUUCCACUUCCUCAGCUCGUGGUCUGCAGCAACCAGUCUUCCGGUAAAUCCUCAGUACUCGAAGCCAUCACAGAGGUUCCCUUCCCGCGCAAGGAGAAUCUAUGCACACGCUUCGCCACCGAGAUCAUCCUGCGUCGUGAUCAGUCGGAGACGAUCCAGACGAAGAUCAUCCCAGACGAGUCACGCCCAGAACAUGAGAAGAACAAGCUCAAGGCGUUCCAGGAGUCCAUCUCUGACUUUGAGGAGCUUCCAACGCUCAUUGAGAAGGCCACAAUACUCAUGGGUCUUGAUGCCGCUCCCGGUUGGGGAGGAGAUGCGGUGCCGCGUGCUUUUUCUAGAGACGUUCUCAGCGUGGAAAUCACAGGACCAAGCCGCCCACAGCUCACUCUGGUCGAUCUCCCAGGCUUAAUUCAAUCGGCAAACGAGAUGCAGUCAGAUGCGGACAUUGAUCUUAUCCACUCUCUGGUCAGUGAUUACUUGGAUGAGCCCCGUACUAUCAUGCUCGCUGUCAUCUCGGCAAAGGACGACUAUGCCAACCAAGCCAUUCUUGCCAAGUGCAGAAAGGUAGACCCAGAUGGUCACCGCACCCUCGGCAUCGUGACAAAGCCAGACUACCUGAGAGCUGGUUCCGCGAACCAAGAGAACUGGAUCACUCUUGCAAAGAACAAGGACAUCUACUUCGAGCUGGGCGGGCACAUGCUGAAGAAUCGUGGUGAGGAUGAAGGCGCAGACAGCUUCGCCAAGCGCAAUGCAGCAGAGACGGAAUUUUUCAACCAGGGCAAAUCCAGAGAGAUUCCUGCUUCUGACAAGUGCAUCUCGUCUCUUCGCACGAAGCUCGCAAAGCUUCUCUUCAGACACUUGAAGAAGGAGAUCCCCAACCUCCAAGCUGAUCUCAAUGCGAAACACGCUGCAACCAUCGCUCAGCUUGAGGCACUCGGCGAGAAGCGUGGCACCACUUCUAAGCAGAAGCGCUUCCUCAUGAACAUCGCGAGCUCAUACCAGAACGUCGUGACCUCUGCUGUCGACGGCCACUAUGAGCAUGCCUUCUUCGGACCUAUCCAGCCCGACAAGCUGUUCGAAGACAUCAGCAACAUGAAGCAUCUUCGUGCCGCUAUCCAGCAUCUCAACUUGCAGUUCGCCAGCCAGAUGCGUCAGUACGGACACAAGUUCAGAAUCUGGGCAGGCGAUGAUGCUGCAGGCACGAACUCGAAGAAGGACCUACCGGAGCCUGAACUGAUGGAGCCAUACGAUGAGGCCAAGUCUCUGCAGAAGGUACUCAAGCGUCAAGAUGCUGUGCAGUGGGUCAAGGACAUCCUCGUCCGCACUCGUGGACGUGAGCUUCCUGGAAACUUCAACCCGCUGCUCAUGAGCCAGCUGUUCUGGGAGCAGUCUGAGCACUGGAAUCUCCUGGCAGCGAAGCACAUCGAUCAAGUCAGUGAUCUCUGCAGCGCUUUCGUCCGUGCUGCGAUCGAGUCUGCUCCCUUCCCAGAUGUCGCGGCCCGUCUGCUCGCUCUCAAGAUCAACGAGGCUCUCGACGUUCGUCGUCAACAUGCUAUCUUGGAGCUGCACAAGCUCAUCGAGGACAAGCAGCGACCACCAAUCACGUACGACCCAUCCUACACCGCCAACAUUCAGGAGUCUCGCAGCCGCAAGACUGCUGCCAAGUUCGAAAAGAUGAUGCGUGAAGCCUCUGUCACCACUGAAGAUGGCAAUACCAUGCUCAAUCCUGAGAUCAUGAAGAACCAGAUGAAGGAGCUGGAGAAUCCCGAUAUGGACCAGGUCUCCGCCGAGGACGCCUUGGACAGUCAGCUGGCGUACUACGAGGACCGAGUCAAGUACUUCAUCGCAGCCGUCACCGACCAAGUCAUCGAGCGUAACCUGCUCCACAACCUUGCCACCGACACUUUCUCGCCCUUGGUCGUCAACGACAUGGCUGAUGGCGAGAUCGGAUACGUUGCCGCCGAGGCUGACGAGGUUACUCAUAAGCGUGACUUCCUCGAGGGCCACAAGGCAAUUCUCGAGACGGGUCAAAAGGCUUUCCGGGAGGCUGUUGGAUCUUACAAGUAG